AUGGAAAUCAAUGAGUCCGCCACAACCGGUACUCGCUGGAGUGGUCGGAUUAAGGCCUUCCCCGGAAAGUUGAAGGACAAGGUGAUAGAUGUUGCCAAGAAAACAAAGGAUAUCGGACAAGAUGAUCCAAGGAAAAUUGUUCAUUCCCUAAAAGUGGGACUAGCUCUCACAUUAGUCUCCAUGUUCUACUAUUUUAGGCCUAUAUAUGAUGGGUUUGGAGUAGCAGGAAUGUGGGCUGUCUUAACUGUGGUGGUUAUUUUCGAAUUCACUGUUGGUGCAACCCUAUCCAAAGGUAUCAAUAGAGGUUUUGCAACAUUGGUAGCUGGUGCUUUAGGGGUCGGAGUUGAACACUUAGCCAGACUCUUUGGAGACAAAGGAGAGCCCAUUCUUCUUGGGUUUUCAGUUUUCCUACUAGCUGCAAUAUCUACGUUUACAAGGUUUGUUCCACAUAUCAAGGCGAGGUAUGAUUAUGGGGUGAUGAUAUUCAUAUUAACGUUCAGUUUGGUAGCUGUGUCGGGUUAUAGACUUGAGAAAAUCGUAGAACUUGCCCACCAACGAUUAUCAACCAUUGUGAUGGGUGGUGCAAUCUGUAUCAUCAUCUCCAUAUUCAUUUGUCCUGUUUGGGCUGGUGAGGAUCUUCACAAGCUCGUUGCUCUCAAUCUAGAAAAGCUUGGAAUCUUCUUACAAGGUUUUGGAGAUGAAUAUUUUAAGCUUUCUGAUGAGGAUGCAGGAGAUAGUGCUCAUGUGGUGUCUAAGGAUGACAAGAAAUUUAUGCAAGACUAUAAAACUGUCCUCAAUUCUAAAGCCACUGAAGAAUCCUUGGCAAAUUUUGCAUGGUGGGAACCUUGUCAUGGUCGUUUCAAAUUCCGUCACCCAUGGAAACAAUACUUGAAGAUUGGACUACUCUCUCGGCAAUGUGCCUGCAAAAUUGAAGCUCUUAGUGGCUACAUAAACUCUCAUGUCCAAGCACCAUUAGAAUUUCGACAAAAAAUUCGAGAACCGUGUACAAAGAUGAGCUCAGAAUCCGGCAAGGCUUUGAAAGAACUAGCAUCAGCCAUAAAAAAGAUGAAAAAUCCAUCCUCUGCAAAUGUUCAUGUACAAAACUCCAAAAUAGCAGUGGAUGAACUCAAGAGUGUCCUUGAAGCUGCCUCAGUAACACAGAAAGAAGAUGUUUUAGAAAUCAUACCAGCUGUCACAGUUGCUUCAAUACUAAUGGAUAUCACUGAAUGUGUUGAAAAAAUUUCAGAGUCCAUUCAUGAGCUAUCCAAUCUAGCACACUUCAAUAGUGUGGAAUCGAUAGUGUCACCGGAGAAGCCACAGUUACUACUUCAUCGUGGAACCAUUAAACCUUUCAGCGACGGUGAUGGUGACCAUGUGGUUAUCACAGUGUCACCCGAAGAGGGUGAUUUCUCAAGCACUAAAGAUGGAAGAAACAACAAGGCAGAGGAAGUGUAAAUAUUAAUAGCUUCUAACAUGUAACCUGUAACUUUGUAUAUACUUGGUAGUUUUGAGUUAAAUGUGGUGCCUAGUUAGCUAGCUUUAAUCUCCACUCUUAACUAGUGUAAGAAGUUUCAGAGGGGAAGUAAUUAUAUUAGGAAAUGGUUUCCUAAUUCUAUGUGUUUAUUUCUAGUAACAUUUCCUUAAUUCUAUGAAAUGUUGUUCUUUGAUAUGUACUGAACCAAAAAAAAAGAGAAAGCUCUAGUGCUCUUUUUUUUAAUAAGCAAUGGUGAUGCUUAGCUUA